CCCCCGCAGGGGCGGACCCCGCCGCCCAGGGUGGGGGCUGUGAUUCGCUCGGGCUCAGGCAGAACUUUCCCCGAAAAUCCCUGCGCCCCGCCCCAACACUAUCCGGCCGCUCGGAGCUCCCGCGCUCGUGCAGCGCUCCGACAGCAUUCCCGGUGAGGAGCGGCGCCCGCCGGCCAUGCAGAGCGAGGCCGAGGAGCCCCGGGAAGUGGCCACAGAUGUAUUUAAUUCCAAAAACCUGGCCGUUCAGGCUCAGAAGAAGAUCCUGGGUAAAAUGGUAUCCAAAUCUAUCGCUACCACCUUGAUCGAUGACACCAGCAGUGAGGUGUUGGAUGAGCUCUACCGAGUGACCAAGGAAUAUACCCAGAACAAGAAGGAGGCAGAGAGGGUUAUCAAGAACCUCAUCAAGACCGUCAUCAAGCUGGCCAUUCUUUACAGGAAUAAUCAGUUUAAUCAAGAUGAGCUGGCGCUGAUGGAGAAAUUCAAGAAGAAAGUUCAUCAGCUUGCCAUGACCGUGGUCAGUUUCCACCAGGUAGAUUACACCUUUGACCGCAACGUGUUGUCCCGGCUGUUGAACGAAUGCCGAGAGCUGCUACACCAGAUCAUUCAGCGUCACCUCACCACCAAGUCACACGGACGAGUUAAUAACGUUUUUGAUCAUUUUUCAGAUUGUGAUUUUUUGGCUGCCUUGUAUAACCCCUUUGGGAAAUUUAAACCUCACUUACAAAAACUCUGUGAUGGCAUCAACAAAAUGUUGGAUGAAGAGAACAUAUGAGUGUGUGAGUUAAAACCUGACUGUGAUUUCUUUGAGGAUGGAGCACUGCUGAUUCAUGAAGGAAAGAAGGAGAAAUUAUUUUAAGAUUACACGUUUCAGGAAGAGUUGGCCCAAUUCAGCUGUCGGACAUUAAGGAUAAUGCUUUUCCAGCAUUUGUGUUAUUGGGAGCAAAGCAUAUUGCCAAAAGACUCUGUUCACAAUUCACCUAGUGGUGGCAGGUCAAGAAAAAGAGGUAUGGUUAAUAAUACAAAGGUAGUUACACAAAGAAAUAGGAGUAUGUGUGUGAACCCCAAGACUUGCUGAGGGCAGUUCAUGUCUUGGUGGCACAGUGGAUGUUUCUAAUAUGUACAAAGUUGUGUUCUUUGACUCGCUUAUAUUCUGUGUUGUACAUAUGUAUCUCUUUUAGACAAAGACUUCCUCCUGCUGCCAUUGCUUCUUUUGAACCAAUUUUGUUUUCAAGUCUACCCUUUUAAUGAACGUUAUGUCAUUGCCCUUGAAGAAUUCAACAUGAGGCAGUCACAUUGGAUUAUCAGAAAACAGAACCCUACGUAUCUGAAACCAGUGCUAUGGCAAUGAACUAGAUCAUUCAUUACAGAUAAUGUCCAAUGUAAGAAUAUACCUCUGAAAUGGAGUACUGAUUUUUAGUACCAAAUGUGAUGUUUAAAUUCUCACAAAUGUAAUGGCGUGUCAUUUCUUUGAAAUGCUUUCCUAGGCCUUAACUUUGAUGUACUCUUGAAAAUGUGCUGAUAAAAUCUGUAUUAUUGAUGUCCAUUUCACGUAUAAGAGAAAAAGGAAACCUAGAUUGAUCUGGAUAUUGGAACAAUAAAAAGUAAUGAGCCUUGUGAAAGACUUUUUUAAAAGCCCUCCAUUUUAGAGACAAAUACAUCAAAAUAACUUGGGACGCUAAUAAAGAACAUGAGAUGACGGUGGAUGCGCUUCAGUGCAGAACACAGUUCUAUAAAUAAAGGAUGUCAUUUUUUAUUUAA